UCCUGCUCCUCCUGCUCCUCCUCCUCCUCUCAGAUGCCCUCCCGCUGCAGGACAGUGUUGAACAUCGUGGUGACCACCCUCUUUGCUGCAGUGGUCCUCUUCACCGUCCUGCUGGCCUACGUCACAGGUUACCAGUUCAUCCACACGGAGCAGCACCACCUUUCCUUCGGCCUGUACGGUGCCUUCCUCUCGCUCCACCUCUUUCUUCAGAGCCUCUUCGCCUUCCUGGAGCACCGGCGGAUGCGGAGUCCGGCUCGACCUCAGCACCUCCGCCGCUCUGUGGCGCUCUGCAUCGCCGCCUACCAGGAGGACCCGGAUUACCUGAGGAAGUGCCUGCGCAGCGUCCGGCGAAUCUCCUUCCCUGGCCUGAAGGUGGUGCUGGUGGUGGACGGGAACCGGCCCGAGGACCGUUACAUGAUGGACAUUUUCCAGGAGGUGAUGGGUGGUGCCGACCAGGCUGGCAGUCUGGUGUGGAAGGGAAAUUACCACAGUGAUGGAAGCGUCAGAGGUGGAGUUGGAGGCGGAGGGAGGAGCAUGGUGCACAUGGAGGAGGCGGCACGAGUGGCUCGGCUGGUCAGAGGUCGACGGUACUCCUGUGUCAUGCAGGAGUGGGGCGGGAAACGAGAGGUGAUGUACACGGCCUUUAAAGCUUUGGGAGACAGCGUGGACUAUGUUCAGGUGUGUGACUCAGACACAGUUCUGGAUCCAGCCUGUACCAUUGAGAUGCUAAAGAUCCUGGAGGACGACGCCAUGGUGGGAGGAGUCGGUGGAGACGUACAGAUCCUCAACAAGUACGACUCGUGGAUCUCCUUCCUCAGCAGUGUGCGAUACUGGAUGGCCUUCAACGUGGAGCGUGCCUGCCAGUCGUACUUUGGCUGCGUCCAGUGCAUCAGCGGCCCUUUGGGCAUGUACAGGAACUCCCUGCUCCAGCGCUUCCUGGAGGCCUGGUACCACCAGACCUUCCUCGGCUCCAAGUGCAGCUUCGGCGAUGACCGCCACCUCACCAACCGGGUGCUCAGCUUCGGCUACAAAACCAAGUUCACGGCGCGGUCGCAGUGCCAGACGGAGACGCCGACGCAGUACCUGCGCUGGCUCAACCAGCAGACUCGCUGGAGCAAGUCAUACUUCCGCGAGUGGCUCUACAACGCUCUGUGGUUCCACAAGCACAGCCUCUGGAUGACCUACGAGUCUGUGGUCACCGGGUUCUUCCCCUUCUUCCUGGUCGCCACCGUCAUCCAUCUCUUCUACCGUGGGAGGCUGUGGAACAUUCUGCUCUUCCUAUUGACGGUGCAGCUGGUGGGGAUGGUGAAGGCCACCUACGCCUGCUUCCUGCGCGGCAGCCUGGUCAUGAUCUUCAUGUCCCUCUACUCCCUCGUCUACAUGUCCAGUUUGCUGCCCGCCAAAAUCUUCGCCCUGCUCACCAUCAACAAGGCCGGAUGGGGAACUUCGGGCCGCAGAAAGAUCGUGGUCAACUUCAUCGGCGCCGUGCCCGUCACGCUGUGGACUCUGGUGCUGCUCGGGGGUGUGGCCUACACCGUCUACUGUGAAACACAAGAGCCUUUCAGCGAGACCGAGAAAGCUUUGCUGAUAACAGGGACGAUCCUCUACGCCUGCUACUGGCUGGUUCUGCUGUUGCUCUACCUCGCCAUCGUGGCCAAGCGCUGCAACAAGCGGGAGGAGCAGUAUCACCUGCCGUAUGCUGAGGCGUAGACGCGCACAUGAACCCAGAGACUGCGGGACACUUGCGCGAGGUAAACCAAAGGUCCUUGUCCACCGCAUGCACUGCUGGAGGGAGGAGCCAUGAACUGGAAAGCCACGCCUUCAUCACUGGUGCUAAAAUACAAACAAACCCUUGACAUGACUGUAGCUCCGCCUCCUCUCACAUCAUUCUCUCUAAAGGUGCUGCCAACGCGGGGGUUUUACGUUUUUAAGGGGGCAGUGUGGUGCUUUCAUGGAUUUAAACAGACAAAAUGAGGAGUUUCUUAAGCGAGGAGUUCAUGCUAGCGUGUUUACGACUUCCUGGUCACAAAAGUUGGAGAAAUUAAAUCUGAAUCUGUGUUUUUAUUUUAUUUUUUUCUUAUACGAAACCUAUUUUCUUUUUCUCCAUGAUUUUAUAAUCUUAACUGAAUAUGGAAAGUGUCGCAGCGCAUGUGAGUCGUCACAUUCUCGCAAGAAAACGAGCACUCGACGCAGAGGAAGUGAAGACAACGUCGACCUCCAUUUUACAGUCACAGAGGUUUAAAGACUGACUUUACGUUGAAAUUUAUUCAUUUUUCAUUCAAAUUCAUUUUAAAGUUAGGAAUUGAUUAUGUGCUGCGCUUGAAUAAUUAUGGGAUGCAAAUAGAGCCGUGACAAUUAGAUAAGAAGAUAAUGAUUAUCUUCACGAAUAAUCGAUGAGUAGUUUGGUCCAGAAAACGAUGACGUUCUCAAACGUCUAUGUUUUUGUCUACA